UGUGCUGGUCUGCUGAGGUAAGACCAAAAUAAUAACAAAGAUCCCAUUGGUCAGUUAGCUCCGCCGAUGUGUUUGGUUGGUGGGUUUUCACUCCGAUUGAUGGUGUUCAUGUGACCUUUGGAGUAAUCGUGUUUUUGUGGAUCCAUGAGAAUGUUGUCGAGUUGAGCUCCUCAAAACUUUGCAAAUUUUCAGUGUACCGUUCAGUGUUUAUUGACUUUUUGGCAGCUGAAGGAAACUUCAAGCCCAUCGCUGCCAGCGGCGCAUUGCGUCGAAUCGUUUCGUGAGAUUUUAGGGACAAAAAGAUCCCCGUGAGUUGUUUUGAAAGUCAUGGUCGUGCCGCCAUAGAAACGUGCCCCUCAGGGCGGGAAAAACAUCGCAGAACUUGCAAGGUUAUGAUACAACCAAGGACACUGCCUGGUGGGCCGUUGAUGGUCUGGAUGGAAGGACAGUCGAAGGGAUUUUAACAUUUCCAUUCUUGCUUGCCUCCCUGCGUAUUUUUCAGAUUGCAACUAUGGCUGAUCCCCUGUAUUCAGGAGAGCUGUUCCUUGACAGCCACCUCAUCAAGCAAGAACCUAUGGCAGACUCAGUCUGUGUUACAUCUGCCAGUGUACCAAUUCCAUCUCGACGAGGUUUGGGUCUCUCUGACUACUUUGAAGACUCUUCAUAUCAAGCUCAGGAAUCAACUUCAUUGCAAGAUUCUUCUAGUUACUGGGGUGCUGGUCACAUUGAUGAUGAUGAUGAUAUUUUCAAAGUUGUCAACAAGGAAGAUCUUAUACAAGGCCCCACUUUGGCUGAAUUAAAUGCAAAUGAUGAGAAUCUACUUGGAGAUCUUAAUUUUGAUGAUCUUCUUCUUCCAGAGGAGAGUUGCAAUGCUUUCAACGCCUCAUUAUUGAAUGCCUCCAAAUCGAAUCUUUUGUCUCUGAAUCCAGCUGUGCAGGUUCAAGUUAGCACUCAUAAUUCAGUCUCGACUAUAUCACCAGCAGGAUCUGGAUUUUUGCCAUCCUCCUUUCCUCCUGGAAAUGUUUACUAUCGAGAUGCAUUUAGUGUAUCAUCCAGUGUUCCAUCGAGUCCUAUGGAUCCCUUCCUGUAUGGUAGUGGCAGUGGAAAUGCUACAGGCCUGUAUCAAGCAGCACUCUCCCCAACAAGUCAUCAUAGCUCAAAUUCAUCUUUGCUGCCCCAAUCUGUAGGGUCGCGGUCUCCUGUUACUCCCCCACCGCAAGCUAUAAGCCCCCUGCAACAUAAGCAAAGUACCCUUCAUGAACUUCUCCUUCGAAAAGAAACAUACUCUGCCUCUCCUGACAGACGUUUACUUGGUCAGUCUGUCCCCGGUUCCCAUUCUCCUCUGGGAAAUCCAGGGCCAUCUGGAAUGACUAUUCAUACUUCAAGACGUGCAGGAGGCAGUAUGUUAGCAGGCUCUGCACCAAAUUCUGUUUCUCGACUUUCUUCUUCUGCUCCAACCCAUCUUGGUUUGGAAAAUGUCUGGCAGCGACGUGAACCUAGGCAACAUUUGCUUUCAACAGGAUCUCUAGCAGAAGCAGGAUCUACAUCCUCUCUUUCUACUGGUGGAGUGCUUAGCCCAGUAUCCUGUGAUUUCUCUGAUUCAGAGGACAGUGACCAUUAUGAAGAUUUAUCAUCAGAUGGAGAAUCCAGUGACAUUGAUGCAUCUGGUCAACCAUCCCGAAGCCAACAUUCGAAAAGAGAACGUUUCUUUUGGCAGUACAAUGUCCAAGCUAAAGGACCUAAAGGUCAACGACUAAUUGUAAAAACUGAACUGGAAGAUCCUUAUCAUUUGAACCGAGUGACUGAUCCUGUAUUCAGCCCUCAAUGCUCAAUGCAAGGAAUAAAGCAUAGUGGUAAGGCUCGAAAAGGUGAUGGAAAUGACCUUACUCCAAACCCACGUAAACUUCACAAUAUUGGGCGUGAAUUAGACAAGCUAGGAAGAAUUAUCAAUGACAUGACUCCAGUAUCGGAAUUACCAUUCAAUGUACGUCCUAAAACUAGGAAAGAGAAAAACAAACUUGCAUCAAGGGCAUGCCGGUUGAAGAAAAAAGCUCAACAUGAAGCAAACAAAAUAAAACUGUAUGGGCUAGAGAAUGAACAUAAACGUCUUUUACAUGCAAUUCAACAAGUUCGACAAGCCCUUGUUAGAAAGUUCAGCAGUAAUAGUGUUGAUAGUCUUGAAAUAACAACUCAAAUUGACGAAAUCAUAAGACAUGCUACACGCAUGAAGAUUGCUGGGGAAUCAACUGAUUUUGUUAACACUAUCCUUGAAAAGUUUAAGAAUGGUGUUCCUGAAGGUGGUCUUAAAGAAGUGUGACUUUGUUUCUAGUUUGGUACACCUAUGGUGCUUUCUCACUGAGUAAAGUGCAAAUGUUUUGACACUGAUGCAAUUCAUCCUUGUCAAUCGAAUUCCUUGGUCCUCGAUGUUGCAGUGAACAGAUCUUAUAGACUUUCAAGCAGUAUAAAGUCAAAGCUUUUCAAUUUAUUUUUAAAUCAAGGAUUGAUUUGGGAUUUUUCUGGCUGUGAGAAUUAAGACAUGUAAUUAUGACAGGGAUUGACUACGAAAGGCGGGUAGGAUUUUAAUUUCUCUGAAGAUAAUUGUUAACUAACCCUGCCUUUCCAUUGUGAUUCAGCUCUGAGAAAGAUGGUACUGACUACACUAUUGUUAAAUUUUAUUUUUUAAAUUACAGGUAUAUUUUUCUUCUGCAGUCAGUGGUACUGUAAUACCUAAUUUUAGAUUGAAAAUCUGUUGAUAAAGUUGUCUUUCUCUUAUCGUUUUUAGAAUUUUUGAAGAAAGAGUCUGUUGUGGUUUCUCAUGUCCUUAACACCAUGGCAUUGGUGCAAUUUGGUGUUGACCACCUCAUUUAUCUCUCGUUAAGCUGUUGUUCAAUUCUCAGCAACAAAAUCAACAAGCAGACUAUCUUCUUUCCUACUUGAAAAUGAGGACCACGGCUCGAUGUAUGUGUUAUUGUUUGUAUAUUUAAAAGUGUAUGGGGGCUGGGUAAGGGCACACAACUUUUUGCUAUGCUGAUAGCUUCUUAAAAUGAUGAAAGGACCACCCAAUCUGCCAAUUGUAUAUUUCUUGUAAUCAGUUUUGUCUAGACUAUCAGAUAUUCUAUCCUUACGUACACACAAAUUGUUUCUCCUUUGCUUUGUGACAUUUUUUUUCUUUCAUUUAGUUUUUUGUUAUGUGUUUGUGUUGUUUUCUAAUCCUUAUAGGUAUUACAUGUAAAGGUGGAUUUAUGACCGCAACGCAGCGAGCAUAUAUUUAACUCUAGCGUUGAAUGAACAGGGGGAAGGUGGUCAAAACAGGGUGAGGGUCUCUGAGCGUUGCUUUAACGCUAGCGGUAGAGCUAUGCAUGCAGCAUUGCGAUCGUAAGUACCCCUUUAUAUUUGGAAUGUAGUUAGUGCACAGAUUCCCAAGGAAAUAAAACUCUAAAAAUCAACAUUCCUUGAGGGUUGUUAGUUAAAUUUAAAAAAUCUUUUAAAAAAAAGAAAAAGAAAUAGCACUUAAAACCACGUGUUGCAUGUGUUUGCCCUCAAAAUUACAUUUUCCAGGGGAAUCUUUGGAUUACCUGCAUUUGGCAUAGAUAAAAAUCUUGACUUUGACUAACUGAGCAUUUCAGUCUUUCUCCAAUUUCUGUAACAUCUUUGCAUGUUUGUUGAUGGUACAAUGCGUCUGGAAUUAAAGCAAUGAGUGCCAUAUCUAAACAACCUCCCCUGAUUUUGUGUUCAGUUCUCUCCAUGAUCAAUCAUAAGUGCCACUUCCAAGAGUAUCUAUAAGUUCCUAAUAUUCCAUAGAGGUAAGCAUUUAUAAAUAUAUCCAUCUCUAAAAAGAUUCUUGUUUAAAUUACUGAUUUAAAGAUUACAAAAUGUAUAUGUUAUGUUAUUUAUCUGACUUUCCCUGCCAUUUACUCAAAUUCCUGUUGCACCACUCCUUUCAAAGGGGGUGGUUUAUUUCUUUUUGUACUCCGCGAUAAGUAAGUUGUUUAAAAAAGAAAUUGGAGAAGCUGGGAUGCUAAUGAUUUGACAUUUCUUUAAAUUAAUGGAAUCGUUUUAAGUUUUUUAUAUCAUCGUAAAUCAAGAAAAAAGUAUUGGAGUGAGCGCUAUUUUCCUUUAAAUCUGUAUGUGCCAUUCUUUUACUUGUCCUUGUCCAAGCAUUAUACUGCUACUCAAAUUGAUGCAAGUACAAUGUAUAGGGUGUGCUACCCAUGACAAUGGUAGUCUUUUGAGAAGUGUAUUAUGACUUCGACCUUUUAAAAAAUUUGUUCAGUUUUUAGUCAUUUGUUGCCCAAAAUUUUGUCAAUAAUUAUUUUCUGUAUUGUGUUGCAGUCCUCAUAUUGUAAAAACACUUCCUAGUUUGAGUUAUUUAAUGUGAUAAAUAUUUUAUGAAAGUGCUUAAAACUUCUAUAUGUGCAUAUAUGUAUGUGUUUGCUCUCAUAAUUGUGUACCUAUGUAUUUGUGCAUAAGGCGUAUGAUAUAUAUAUAUAUAAAUAUAUCUUGUAGGAAUGAAUAGUUUGUUUCUAUUUUCAAAGUGUUAAUCUUUGUUUUAAGUUUACUGAAUAUGUUUAUUGGUUUACAAUUGUAUCUAGGUAUAUGCUUGUGCAACACAUCAGAAAAUUACCUAUAGUUACGCCUGGAAUAGGGAAAGUUAUUAUCAGUUUCCUCUUUGUUAUUUAUCUGGUGAACUUUAUUAGGUGCUAUAGCACUUUUUACUUGAAUUCAUUUCAAAUUUUGUUGUGUUACAAUAUUCCCCCCCCCCCCCCCCUCCCCCUUUUCCCUUACACCUUUAACCCCGUUCCCCCCCUCCUUUUUUUUUUUUUGUUUGUUUUUGAUUUUCAGUGGGGGACCAAAGUGCUUUAGCUGUGUCCACUUUCCAUUUUAUUGCUUUCUUUUACACUGUGAUUGUUUUGAGUUUUGACAUAAUGAAGAAGCACACUACAGAAAUCAAAGAUAGAAACCAAAUGUGUGAUUCUAUUACCUCUUUAUAUUAGAUUGCUGUACGUCAAUUAUGUAACAGUUAAUUUUUUACUAGUCCUUAUUUUAGUUCAACAUGAUUUAUUAUGUGCACCACUCAUAGUUUGUGAAGCUUUCAAUUUUUACAAUGUGAUAAGUAACCUGUUUUUUUCUUCCAUAAUGUAGAAUUGGCAUAGCUACAUCAUCAGUUAGAUGAUUCUCACCGGCCAUAGAGGUGACUUUCAGCGAUGUAAGACUCCUACAAUGAACAACUCGCUGCUCUUUAGAUUCUUAUUUAAACUGUUCACAAAAUUUAAUUUUAUUAACUUUAUAGUGACAUGGACUUUAAAAAGGUAUAAGGUGUCAGUAGCUUGAUUUGAAUCUCCAUGAUUGUCCAGAAAUUGUUGAAGGCUAUUGAAAAAUUAAUACACACAUUAUUUAUAAGUUACCUUAUUACCUACCUCUUCUUUCCUAUUAUGAAGGUAGGAAGCAACAUUGCAUGUGUAAUCUUAUUAUGACAUGCUUACUUCUCUAAGGAUCUGUUUGAUUCUGUUUUCUGUGUGUCAGUUAUAACCACAGGACAAUGAAGGGUUUGCUCUUAUUGUAGGAGGUCAUACAGCAAUUUAAUGUGGACCAAUCAUUCACAUGCAUCAAUGAUUUCAAAAUAAAUAGCUUAAUCUUAACCAACUCAAAAUUGAAAUUCUACUACAGAUAAACUACUGAGCUCAGAACAUAAAGUCUUGUGGCUUGGUAGUGGUGUGAAUUGCUUUUGUGUGUCUUAUAAUUCCAACUAUUGUCUUUACAUUGUUACAUUUUAUUACGUUAAAAAUUUGAUUUGAUUAAUGUGAAUGUGUGUUAUCAUAGUUUACAAAAAAAUGUCUAGAUAAUUAAUCCUUUGAAUUCCUAUUUAUAGUUUCAUGGCAUGGUUGAUGAAAGAUUCACUUGGUUAAUGCAUUUUUAGCAAGAUGAAAGCAUGAUACAUCCAUCCGCUAAGGAAGUGAGAUCAAGCUUGGUGUUCCACUUGGAAUAAAAAUUACUUCAUUGAACUCCCUGGUACAGUAAAUAUUUUGUUUUGGACAGUGGUACUUGUUAAGCAGUUGUUGGGAGGUUUCAAAUAUUAACACAGCACACUUAAUAAAAACGAAGAAUCCAAACUUAAA